AUGUCUGAACACCAAGAGCCGCUGCCAUCGCCUCUGUCACCGUUCGGUACGUGCGUCUCUGGUCUGGAUGACGUAGAUAUCUCCGAUUACGGCGACGAUGUGCUAGGCUCACGUACUGAGCUUGGCACGUUUCCGACCCCCGGCCCAAGUCCUUCGCUUGCCUUCCGCCAGGUACAACACCAAGACCCCCUUCAUGUUCCCAAGUACACCGGUCAGGCUCGCAUUCGUGAUGGCAAAUCCAUCACCAGUUCCAGGCAGGGAGCAUCCGAGCUGUCGCAGGACAAUCUCCAAGUUGAGGGUCCACCGAGCCAGCAUUACUUCUCACUGCAGUCUAGUCGUUCGCCGUAUGGCCAAAAUCAUUCAUCUCCAGACGGGUGGUGGGAAUGGGUUUGGAGACUUCUCGACUCGCGCUGGAUGAUGUACGGGUUGUUGUUGCUCGGCAUCGCCUUUGCCACCUCGCAUCACGUCUUCUACGCCAGUCUGGCCGGCAAGCCGGUUGACGGCCAGCUCAUGAUGAUGAUGCGCAUCGGCAACUUGCUGGCAUACAUAUCCAAGUCCGCCAUGGUAUCGGCCAUUGUUUUCGCAUACCGACAGCAGAUCUGGGCCACGGUCAAGAGAAAAACACUCCAGCUCGGCACCAUCGACAGCCUUUUUGCAGCGGCAGAUGAUGUGACGGCGCUGGUAAAUUGGGAGUUUGCUACAAAGGCAAAGGUUGCCUUGUCUCUGGCAACAAUUAUAUGGCUCUUUCCCCUUACGGCAAUCUUGACCCCGGCAACACUCACCAUCGCGCCCUUGGCAGAGACGCAGGAUACCUUCUGCUCUUCAGUUCGAACUCUCAACUUUAAUGCCGAAAAGACGAAGAAUUGGAGGAAACAGACGCGCAUCAACAACUACCCUGGCAUUUCUCUAUCUCUGUGGAACUCUACUCUGCCCAGCUCGGACAAAGUCUUUGCGCCAUUCAACGACACAUUCUUUGACUACUGGACGGGCACCACCUGGCAAACAACAGUGUUGUCGACUCUGAGCACAUUCGCGAACAAGGUCGUUGCCAGAGAGAAUGCCUCCGUCGAGACUUGCGGUGCUAGUUGGAACUGCUCUUACACCAUCUCAUUCACGGGGCCCGGUUAUAAGUGCAGCCAAAUCAUAAGGGGCCGGGGGAACAGUAGCGAGAAGCUCGCCCGGAUGCGCGCGCCCUUCAAUACAGGGGACCUGAUCCCUGAUGGCGACUUCAGCUACAUUGGACACACAUCCCUUGGCGAGUAUUACUCCAACCAGAUUAACGCCAGCCAAGGGGGUGCUCCGACUACACCGCCUCCGUUUCCGAAACAUCUGGGAGCCUUUAGGACCGAACCCGUCUUGUGGAUUGGCCACUCGGACUUGGUUCAUGCGGACAAGCCCGCGCCAGACAGAUCCAAUUCAAGAUGGAACUCGUCCUUCACGCCCUCGAUUUUUCGAUGCGAACACUACGUCACAAAAUACAAGGUCCUCUUCAACCACACACUCUCUGAGCAAUUCACAACUGUACUCAGCAGGACUUAUCUGCGCCCUCUAGUAAACACGACCUUCUUGCCUGAUGUCAAGGCCGACGACGGUACCAGCGACACAACGGCUGCCACUCCCGAGUCGGGCUACAUCUACCCGCAGGACCUCAAAAGAUACCGCCUCACGGCCGCGUACCACUCCCUCGGCUAUCAGAUGCGCCUCAACCUCAACGGUUCAAUCAAAUUUGAUCCGCCAUAUAUUGUUGCCAACACCGAAUUGAUGAAGACGCAGCUCAUCAACAAGACGACCUACCUGGUUGUUCCCAACUUCUUAGACAAGAUCCAAACCCUGUACGAAAACAUUCUCCUGUCGCUCCUGGCUAACCCGCAGUUCAUCGUCGUGGCUUGGGCGUCGCAGCCCACGCAGCAGAGCGGCGUGGGCAACGCCAGCACGGCCGCGGACCCGCGGCUGCUGUACCCGUGCACCAAGACGCGCGUGGCCAACGCCUACGCAUACAACGCGCGCGACCUGUGGCUCGUCUACGGCCUGGCCAUUGUCCUGGCCCUCGUCAGCGUGACGCUCGGUACCGCCGCGCUGGCCCAGAACAACAACCACGUCCGCAACUCGCGUCUGUCGAGCAUCGUCGCCGCCACGCGCGCCCCCUGCCUCGAGGACCUGCCGUGGAAGUCGUCCAAGUGGGGAGAGCUGCCGCACGAGAUCCGCAAGACCCGCUUGGGCUACGGCUUGAUCACGGAUAACUUGAACAUCCCUGAUGCCAACGCGCCGCCCCCCUCCACCACCGGAGACCCUGCAGGAAGACCGCGGAGCAGCAGUGCAAGCGUUGAGUCGAGAGCAAAGUUGUAUUACGGCUUCGCCCCAGAGGGCAUCAUCAAGCGAGGCCAAAGUCCGGCGAUGGGGAAAGCCAGCGUCCUGUCGUUCAAAACCGAGAAAUUAGGCCGAAAGAGUCAGUGUUGCUAA